GGCGGUAGCAGCGGCGGCAGCAGCGGUGGCGACAUGAGCAGCGGGGCGGCGUCCGGGACAGGGCGGGGGCGGCCCCGGGGCGGGGGGCCGGGACCCGGGGACCCCCCACCCAGCGAGACACACAAGCUGGUGGUCGUGGGCGGCGGCGGCGUGGGCAAGAGCGCGCUGACCAUCCAGUUCAUCCAGUCCUACUUCGUGUCUGACUACGACCCCACCAUUGAAGACUCCUACACGAAGAUCUGCACGGUGGAUGGCAUCCCAGCUCGGCUGGACAUCCUGGACACCGCGGGCCAGGAGGAGUUCGGUGCCAUGCGGGAACAGUACAUGCGUGCCGGCCACGGCUUCCUGCUGGUGUUUGCUAUUAAUGACCGGCAGAGCUUUAACGAGGUGAGCAAGCUCUUUACGCAGAUCCUCCGAGUCAAGGACCGCGAUGACUUCCCCAUCGUGUUGGUCGGGAACAAGGCAGAUCUGGAGACACAGCGCCAGGUCCCCCGAUCUGAAGCCUCCGCCUUCAGCGCCUCCCACCACGUGGCCUACUUCGAGGCCUCCGCCAAAUUGCGUCUCAACGUGGACGAAGCUUUCGAGCAGCUGGUGCGCGCGGUCCGGAAGUAUCAGGAGCAAGAGCUCCCACCCAGCCCACCCAGUGCCCCCAGGAAGAAGGACGGGGGCUGCCCCUGCGUCCUCCUGUAGCCGGGGCAUAAAGGAGAACCAACGCGAGCUCUCGGGACCAGCUGCCCUCGCCGAGCCUCAGUUUCCCCAUCUGGGUCUCCCAGGAUACACUACUCCCCCACUCAUAAUUCCUGGCCUCCUCCGGGCCAUCGUCACUGUGUGCCUUCUGCCAAUGCCUCCUUCCCCACCCAAAACCCUGGUGGGGGUGAGGGGCUCCCGGACAUCCGGGUCACUGCUGUAUAUAACUCCCCUCCCCCAGAGAAAUAAACGUCACUGCCAAUGUCAA